CACAGGUCCAGCAUACGAUGGCAAAGCGCGACGCAACAAAGUCUCAUGUCGCGUACCUGACGCGCAUCGAUUGGGUGGGGGUCGAACCGCCCUAGCGAGCUGAAGCGAGACGGUAUCCGGGGUGAUGGCGCGAACAGUAAACAAGCACGCACGACAUUGACUGCUCGAGCUCCAUUACCACCCCCACUUCACCUUCACCGCUGUACUCUGGUCUUGUCGGCGACCUCUUACUUUCUUCUCUUCUUCAUUUUCUUCAACAAAUCGAUCGAACAGGACUGCAUUUCGGCGGUUCUGCUACAGCUUUGGAGGCUAUUCUUCGUCGUAGGAAACAACAAAAAAGUCAAGACGACAGCACAAUGGCACUCUCAACCGGAGCCCGCACCAACGGCAGCGGCGGCGCCACUGUCGCUCAACGCCUGCAGAAAGAGCUCAUGGACAUCAUGAUGAAGCCCACGCCCGGCAUCACCGCCUUUCCCGACGACGAGAAUAUGAGCCGCUGGACUGCCACUAUUGACGGCCCCGAGUCAACGCCGUACGAAAACCUCGUCUUCAAGCUCAGCAUGGAGUUUGGUGCCACGUAUCCGUACGCCCCGCCCACGGUGCUCUUCAAGACGCCCAUCUACCAUCCCAACGUCGACUUCAGCGGCAGGAUCUGCCUCGAUAUCCUCAAGGACAAAUGGAGCGCCGUAUACAACAUUGGUACCGUGCUGCUGAGCCUGCAGAGUCUGCUCGGAGAGCCAAAUAACUCGAGCCCGCUCAACGGCCAGGCUGCCGAGCUUUGGGACAAGGACAUGGACGAAUUCAAGCGUCUCGUCCUUGCGCGCCACAAAACGCCCGAGGAGCUUGAUGCGGCUGGUCUUUAAACGACCCCAAGCUCUCAGUAGACGCCAAGGCUACGACAUGGAACGUUCCUCUCCACUUUGGAGUCUUCUUGGAUACACUCUGGUCCGGCAAUCAGUCCUGCAAUGUGGCUUGGGACAAUGACGGGAGACGUAUGUCUCCAACAUGAGCACUCACGAGAUCACGAGGCACAAAUACGUUACGCUCGUGCUGAUACGGUCCGGGCUGCUUCUUUUUCUCUUUGAUUUUGCAUUGCGUUGGCAUGGCAUAGGUGGAGUUUGGAUGGAGCAUUCGAGCGGGGGUGUUCAUUUUGGCUGUCGGGGUUUGAUUUCCUACAUAACCGAUCCUAUUUUGCUCCCAAAGACAUGACUAUUUCGCAUUCUCAG